CCAUUACUCCACGGAUCCGUGUGGGAGGAAAGAGGGCAAACCGUGAGUUUGUAGCGAGCCUCCCGAAAUCCCCAUUUCCCCAGAGCGGCGAACCUUCUCGGCUCCUCGCCGGAGAACCGCCUCGAGCAGCCGAGGCGAGGAGGCGGCUUGGCAGAAGCGCCCCCUCUUUCGCAGCGCAGAAGUCAUUCUCGGUGAUCGUUCGAGAAUCACGCGCCGCUGAUUUGCGUUUAUUACAACGUUUGUUGUAUUAAGAUUUCGAGGAGCUUACAGGAAGUCAGUACCAAGGGUUGAUUGAAAUUAAGCAUAACUUGUGUAGCAUAUUCUAGUUUGAUCAGUAGGUGUUUAACGAAAGUUUUACAAGAGCAAUGCUCUUGUUUCUGUGUUGAUCAACAGCAUUAGCGUAUGCUUGAAGAAUCAUCCUCGCUACCUGCAAAUGAAUUCCGCGUCUGCUCCUUCGAAGCUCUACUCUAAUGAUGUCAGUCUCCUUGUUGUCCUUCUUGAUGCCAAUCCCUUCUUUUGGGCGUCCUCAGCGGCCGCCAGUGGUGACUCUGCCUCCCAGCACCACCCCACUGCCGUCCUCUCCUUCUCCAAGCUUCUUAAUCACGUUAUUCCAUUCCUCAGCUCGCUCCUCCUCCUGAACCAGUUCAAUCAGGUUGUCCUAAUCACCACAGGUGUCAACUCCUGCAGUUACAUCUAUGACUCAGAAGAAGGUGGAGCGGAAUCCGCAACUGGGAAGGUACCUGCGGCUUGCUCCAAAAUUCUUCUUAGACUGGAAGAGUUUCUGACAAAGGAUCGACUCUUGGGGAAGGACCCUGAUAAGGCGGUAGCCUCAAGUGUAUCUUCCUUGCUCUCUGGAUCGCUCUCACUUGCAUUGUGUUACAUACAAAGGAUCUUCAGGUCUGGAACUCGACAUCCACAACCCAGGAUUUUAUGCCUGCAGGGUUCUCCAGAUGGGCCAGAACAAUAUGUUGCUGUAAUGAAUGCAAUAUUCACUGCUCAGCGUUCCAUGAUUCCUAUUGAUUCUUGUGUCAUGGGGGUCCAGCAUUCUGCUUUUUUACAGCAAGCUUCAUAUAUCACUGGUGGAGUUUAUUUGAAGCCACAACAUCUGGAUGGACUCUUUCAGUAUCUUUCUUCUGUUUUUGCAACGGAUCUUCAAUCACGCAGCUUUCUGCAACUUCCCAGACCUGCAGGAGUUGAUUUUCGUGCUUCAUGUUUUUGCCACAAAAAGACUAUCGACAUGGGUUAUGUAUGCUCAGUUUGUUUGUCAAUAUUUUGCAAGCGUCACAAGAAGUGCUCCACUUGUGGGUCCGAUUUCAGUCCGAGCCAUAUCGAUCUCAAUGCCCCUCACUAGAAGUAGAAUCUCAAACUGCAGAAGUUCCAAUUUUCAAUAGAUUGUGAUAUUGAACUCGUUAUAAUGUGCCUAGGUUGAUCAUUCCCUCUUUCAUUUUAUUAACAUUGUGUAACUCAAGUAUUAAGAUCUUUUAAUCGUGGAUUGUGUUUAUACACUUGAUACCAAAGAAAACAAUUUUGUGAGUUUUGGUGGUUUUGCAA